AUGGGUCGCUACCGCAUACGCGUAGCCACUGGGAGCUUUGCCUUCUCAGGGUCCACCAACCAAGUGCAGCUGUGGCUGGUCGGGCUGCGUGCAGAGGUGGAACUGGGGCUGCGGCUGCGGCCAGCUCGAGGACAGAUGGAGGAUUUUGAAGUUGAUGUCUCAGAAGACCUGGGUCCCCUCCUGUUUGUGAAGCUUCGUAAAAUCCACCUUCUGCUGAAGGAUGCCUGGUUCUGCAACCACAUAACUGUUUGGGUCUUUGAGCAGAGCAUGGAGAAGGAGAUAGUGUUCCCCUGCUACCGCUGGGUGGAAGGGGAUGGCAUCAUCUGCCUUCCCGAGGCCACUGCUUGGAUGAUGAGAAAUGAAGGCCAGGGCCUGUUUCAGAAACAUGGACAAGAAGAGCUGGAGGAGAGAAGGACACUCUACCGCUGGGCCACCUGGAAGGAAGGGUUACCCUUGUCAGUGGAUGCAGCAUCAGAGAAAGACCUGCCCCUGGAUGUGAGAUUCCAUGAGGAGAAGAAGAUUGACUUUGAGGGGACACGGGCUGCAGGAAUGAUCGAUAUCGCCCUUAAACGUCUGUACACCCUCCUGAGCUCCUGGAAUAGCUUGGAAGAUUUUGACCAAAUCUUCUGGGGCAACAAGAGUGCCCUGGCCAAGAGGGUGCAUCAGUCCUGGAAGGAUGAUGAUUUUUUUGGCUACCAGUUCCUCAAUGGUGUCAACCCCACACUGUUGAGAAGGUCCACCUCACUCCCCAUUCGACUUAUGAUCCCCCCAGGGACAGAGGACCUUCAGGCCCAGCUGGAAAGAAAACUCCAGGAGGGUUGCCUGUUUGAAGCUGACUUUUCCCUGCUGGCUGGAAUCCAGGCCAAUGUCAUCCAGGGAGAGAGGCAACAUCUGGCUGCCCCCCUAGUUAUGUUAAAGAUGGAGCCUGAUGGGAAGCUGCUACCCAUGGCCAUCCAGGUGAGGGAACCCAGGCAUCCUUCUCCAGACCCACCAGUCUUCCUGCCCUCAGAUUCCUCUCUCACUUGGCUCCUGGCCAAGGCCUGGGUCAAGAAUUCUGAUUUCCAGCUGCAUGAGCUGCAAGCACAUCUGCUGAAGACCCAUUUGAUGGCUGAGGUGUUUGCUGUAGCCACCAUGAGGUGCCUCCCGGGGAUGCACCCCAUCUUCAAGCUCCUGAUACCUCACUUCCGCUACACACUGGAGAUUAACACUCGUGCCCGAACCGCGCUUAUCUCUGAUGGGGGAAUUUUUGAUCAGGUGGUGAACACUGGUGGGGGAGGUCACCUGGAUAUCCUCCGAAAGGCAAUGGCCUGUCUGACUUAUAGAUCCCUCUGCCCUCCUGAUGACCUGGCAGACCGAGGGCUUCUGGGGGUUCCAUCAGCUCUCUAUGCUCAUGAUGCCCUUCGGCUCUGGGACAUCAUCUCCCGGUAUGUGCAAGGAAUAGUCCAUCUCCACUAUUCAGAAGAUGAGGUUGUGCAAGGAGACCCUGAAGUACAGAGUUGGUGCCAAGAGAUCACUGAGAUUGGGCUGUGUGGGGCCCAGGAACGGGGAUUUCCCAUCUCUUUCCAGUCCCGUGCUGAGCUCUGCCACUUUGUCACCAUGUGCAUCUUCACAUGUACAGCCCAACACUCAGCCAUUAAUCAGGGACAGUUAGACUGGUAUGCCUGGGUCCCUAAUGCUCCAUGCACUAUGAGGCAGCCACCACCAACCACAAAGGAUGUAACAUUAGAGAUGGUGAUGGCCACACUGCCCAAUGUCCAUCAGGCCUGUCUCCAGAUGACUAUUGUAUGGCACCUGGGUCGGUUCCAGCCAGACAUGGUACCCCUGGGUCAUCACAAGGAGGAAUACUUCUCAGGGCCUGAGCACAAGGCUGUGCUGAACCGUUUCCAGGAAGAUUUAAAUACUCUAGAAAGGGAGAUUGUGGUCCGUAAUGAAGGCCUAGACCUACCCUAUUAUUACCUUCAGCCAAGCCGGAUAGAGAACAGUAUUACCAUCUAA